AUCUGCUGGAACCUUCUAUGACAAAACUGGAGGAGGCAGUAAUUACUUGUGUUUGCCCGGACACCAGAGUGGGGGAAAUACCAAAUUGGAGGGCAAGCGUUAGGUCCUUUUAUACAUGGUAUGGAAUAUGAGACAAUUGACCCGAACAUAUUUUCAACAUCCAAUACAGGAGAUCAGAAUUUUCGUAACCAUGAUGCCCCCUGUGCAGUAUGCUACACCCAAACACGUCCUAGUCAUGUGAUGAUACCAGCCAAGAAGACAUGUCCAGCUGGGUGGACAACAGAGUACAAUGGAUACCUGGUAUCAAAUCGUGAUGACUAUGCAAGAACAGAGUUUGUCUGCCUUGAUGAAGCUCCAGAAGUGGUGGCUGGUGGCCAUGAGAACAAAGACGGUGCUUUGAUAUAUCCUGCUGAGGUUAAAUGUGGUUCCCUCCCCUGUCCACCAUAUGUGGAUGGAAGAGAACUGACCUGUGUUGUCUGUAGUAAAUAGUGAAGAAGAUUUAAUAUGGUUCAUAAUAUUGGGACUUUACGAUGACCUUAAACUAGACAGAACUGUGUUGUCUGUACUCAACAGUGACAAUAAAUAUAUACGCUGAAUGAAUGGCACAGCUGUGACUAAGACAAGAAUUGGCCUGUGCUAAUUUUCAAUAUAAUAACCUAAGUAAAAGCUCACUGAUAUGUUGAAUUUAAAUGUGAUAAUUCCUAGAAUAUAUAGCUACCAGUAAAAUUGCUGAUGAAAAGAUACAUUUUUAUUAGGCUAGUACUGCUUCAAUGGCAGCUUUGUGUCACAG